AUGGCCUCCCAGAUUAGUCAGAAUUACCACCAGGAUUGUGAAGCUGCUGUCAACAAGCAGAUUCAUGUGGAGCUCACUGCCUCCUAUCUCUAUCAGUCUUUGAUGUCCUACUUUGACCAGGACGAUGUUGCCCUCCCCCAUUUCUCCCGGUUCUUCAAACAUCAGUCCCAGGAGAAGCAGGAACAUGCAGAGAAGCUGCUGAAAUUCCAGAAUCAGCGUGGAGGCCGGGUCCUCCUCCAGGAUGUGAAGAAGCCAGAGAGGGAUGAGUGGAGUAACAGCCUGCAGGCAAUGCAGGUUGCCCUGGAUCUGGAGAAGAAUGUGAACCAGAGUUUGCUGGAUCUACACCGACUCACCACAGCCCAGACUGACCCUCAUCUGUGUGACUUCCUGGAGACCCACUAUUUGGAUGAGGAGGUGGAGAUCAUCCACGGCCAGUACACCUACUCCACAUGUUGUUUGACUGUGGUGGGAGACUGGAACAGAUCCACAGUCGACGAGAUCUCGGCAGAUUCAGAAUGGAUCCACGAUGUACAUCAGUUGUCUGUACUAAAUGGUCCGUAA